AUGGUAAAUUUCAAUGUUGCUACUACGCCGAUGAAUAUUAAUGAGAACUUAUGUCAUGAUGAUGGUUCUGAAAUUGCAAAUGCGACUUAUUUUAGAAAUUUGGUUGGUAGUUUGAACUACUUGUCUAAUACAAGACCACACAUUUCUUUUUGUGUUGACAUCAUAUCGGGAUUUCCGCACAAUCCAAGUAAGCUUCACCUUGGAGCUGCAAAAAAACAACUGGGAUAUCUUGCAGGUACGAUAGAUCAUGGAAUUUUGUAUUCUAAGGCAACAAACUUCACAUUAACUGGCUUUAAUGGUAGUGACUACGCAGGCAACAUUGAUGAUAAAAAUAGCACAUCGGUUUUCUUGUAUAAUCUUGAAUCUGGAGCAGUUUCAUGGAGUUCAAAGAAGAAGGGAAAUGGUAGCUUUAUAAACUUCAGAGGCUGA